AUGUAUACCCACCCUCCAAUCGUGCAUGCUGUACGCCCCUCACGACACAGCUCCCCAGAUAACACCAUUGAUCAAAAGUACAUCCUCACCUCCCUCCUCUUCCGCGUGCUUUACGGUCCUCGCGACACAGCUCCGCAGGUCAACACCAUUAAACUAAAGAUCAUCUUCCCCUCCCUCCUCUUCCGCGUACUUUACGGUCCUCGCGACACAGCUCCGCAGGUCAACACCAUUGAACUAAAGUUCAUCAUUCCCUCUCUCCUCUUCCGCGUGUUUUACGGUCCUCGCGACACAGCUCCGCAGGUCAACACCAUCGAACUAAAGAUCAUCUUCCCCUCCCUCCUCUUCCGCGUGCUUUACGGUCCUCGCGACACAGCUCCGCAGGUCAACACCAUUGAACUAAAGAUCAUCUUCCCCUCCCUCCUCUUCCGCGUGCUUUACAGUCCUCGCGACACAGCUCCGCAGGUCAACACCAUUGAACUAAAGUUCAUCUUCCCCUCCCUCCUCUUCCGAGUGCUUUGCUGUCCUCGCGACACAGCUCCGCAGGUCAACACCAUUGAACUAAAGUUCAUCUUCCCCUCCCUCCUCUUCCGCGUGCUUUACAGUCCUCGCGACACAGCUCCGCAGGUCAGCACCAUUGAACUAAAGUUCAUCUUCCCCUACCUCCUCUUCCGCGUGCUUUACGGUCCUCGCGACACAGCUCCGCAGGUCAGCACCAUUGAACUAAAGUUCAUCUUCCCCUACCUCCUCUUCCACGUGCUUUACGGUCCUCGCGACACAGCUCCGCAGGUCAGCACCAUUGAACUAAAGUUCAUCUUCCCCUCCCUCCUCUUCCGCGUGCUUUACAGUCCUCGCGACACAGCUCCGCAGGUCAGCACCAUUGAACUAAAGUUCAUCUUCCCCUCCCUCCUCUUCCGCGUGCUUUGCUGUCCUCGCGACACAGCUCCGCAGGUUAACACCAUUGAACUAAAGUUCAUCUUCCCCUCCCUCCUCUUCCGCGUGCUUUACAGUCCUCGCGACACAGCUCCGCAGGUCAACACCAUUGAACUAAAGUUCAUCUUCCCCUCCCUCCUCUUCCGCGUGCUUUACAGUCCUCGCGACACAGCUCCGCAGGUCAGCACCAUUGAACUAAAGUUCAUCUUCCCCUACCUCCUCUUCCACGUGCUUUACGGUCCUCGCGACACAGCUCCGCAGGUCAGCACCAUUGAACUAAAGUUCAUCUUCCCCUCCCUCCUCUUCCACGUGCUUUUCGGACCUCGCGACACAGCUCCGCAGGUCAGCACCAUUGAACUAAAGUUCAUCUUCCCCUCCCUCCUCUUCCGCGUGCUUUUCGGACCUCGCGACACAGCUCCGCAGGUCAGCACCAUUGAACUAAAGUGCAUCUUCCUCUCCCUCCUCUUCCGCGUGCUUUUCGGACCUCGCGACACAGCUCCGCAGGUCAGCACCAUUGAACUAAAGUUCAUCUUCCCCUCCCUCCUCUUCCGCGUGCUUUACGGUCCUCACGACACAGCUCCGCAGGUCAGCACCAUUGAACUAAAGUUCAUCUUCCCCUCCCUCCUCUUCCGCGUGCUUUACGGUCCUCACGACACAGCUCCGCAGGUCAGCACCAUUGAACUAAAGUUCAUCUUCCCCUCCCUCCUCUUCCGCGUGCUUUACGGUCCUCACGACACAGCUCCGCAGGUCAGCACCAUUGAACUAAAGUUCAUCUUCCCCUCCCUCCUCUUCCGCGUACUUACGGUCCUCACGACACAGCUCCGCAGUAUAGUAAAAACUGUGCCUCUGUUUGUGGUUAAUGUAGGUGGCAGCAUGAGUCCUGAUCGUGCGCGUCCUGCAUCUCCCACUGGCUCUGUGGGCUCGGCGAGCUCUGCUGGAUUGGCUGGCUCUGCUGGCUCGACGGAAUCUGCUGGCUCCCGCCGCAGCAUCCCCCCGGCCGAGACCGCUAAAGAAGCCGCCGAAGGUUACGAUGAUUGA